AUGAUGAACACCAGCUCUGGCGCAGCUCACGAACACAAGUGUCUCGGCGAGUGCAAGGGCUCCAACGAGGAGUGUUUCCACUCGUCCAAGUCGAUCCAGCACCUGCUCAACAACAACAAGAAGUGGCGCGAGGAGCUCGUGAAGCGCGAUGCCUCGCUCUUCGACCGGCUAUCGGAGGGCCAGCACCCGCCCUACCUGUGGAUCGGGUGCUCGGACUCGCGCGUCCCCGCUGAAGAGAUCACGGGGCUGGACCCCGGUGAGAUGUUCUGCCACCGCAACGUGGCCAACCUCGUGGUGACCAACGACAUCAACGUGCUCUCCGUUGUACAGUACGCAGUCGAGUCGCUCAAGGUCAAGGACAUCAUUGUGUGCGGCCACUACGGCUGCGGCGGUGUCAAGGCGGCCAUGGAGAACAAGCACAUUGGAAUCUUGGACACUUGGCUGCGCACCGUCCGCGACGUUCACCGCAAGCACAAGGAGGAGCUUGACGCUCUACCGACGGACGAGGCCCGUUACCGUCGCACGGUGGAGCUCAAUGUCAAGCAGCAGUGCCUCAACAUCUUCAAGAUGAACGUGGUGCAGCACCGUCUUGGCCGUCCCGACCAGCCGAACAUCCAUGGCCUCGUGUACGACAUCCACACUGGCGGGUUGAAGGAGCUCAAGGUCGACUACUGCGGAUACUUCGCCAAGCUCGUGGGCACCGACAGUCUCCACGCCUACCCGGACGGAGAGGAGACCAUGGGGCUGGCUCACCGCCGUCGUAACGCCAUUCUAGACCUGGCCGACGGUCUCGAGAAGGAACCGGGCAUGAUCCGCACGCGCUACAUGGCUCGCAUGCUCAAGAGGGAGUCGGAUCUGUUCACGCCUGAAGAAGUGGACGAAGCCAUCGAGGCGAUCAAAGCCCAGAUGGACGACCCCAAUAGCUCCUUCAUGAACAUCAAAGACCUCAUCGCACACUUCGCGCCCAUGAAGGCGAAGGAAACUGCGUAG